CAUGUUUCGACUUGCUUCGGCCGACUGGUUAGGUGCAUGGUCUACUUGGAAAGCAUGUACAAAGCUUUGAAGAUUCUUGUGAAAAAAAAAAUGAAAUAUGCACAGGGAAAGUAAUGACAGCAUGGUAACCAUGUCAUCAAGCGACCCACCUGAGCAGGCUCCUCCACCUCAUCUGGUAACCCCAUCCUGUGUAGAGCUUCGUCCUUCAGCUGUUGCAGAGGGUUUGUUAGGGGCAUGGUGCAAGGAACGCAUUGAAGCUAAUAAAAAAUUUGGGCCAUUUGCUGGUGAGGUGAUGGUGGAAGAUACCAAUGGGGAAGUGGACUAUCGAUAUGCCUGGGAGGUAUUUGACAAAAAAACUGGCAAGCUUAUGCAUAUAAUUAAUGCCACUACACCAGAAGUGGGCAACUGGAUGCGCUAUGUAAACUGUGCACGGUUUUUUGAGGAACAGAAUAUAGUUUCUAUACAAGAGGGAUGUGAGAUUUUCUAUGAAGCAUUGAAGGAUAUAGCACCUGGUGAAGAGCUACUUACAUGGUUUGACCCUCAGGUUACUCGUAGACAUCGAAAGCGUCGUCGCAUAGGUAGAUCCAUAUCAUCUGCCUCUGAUGAGAUUGCAAGGCAGGUGGUACCAUCUCAGUCUAAUCCUCCUAUCAGCUUAGGCCAGUCACAAGAAAAAGUCCCUCAGAGUGAUGGAAAGCGGAAACGAAAGAAAAAAGUUGUGAGUGACAUGUUGUCAUUAGAUGAUGAUGAUGUCAUCUAUGCUUCUUCUGGUGCACACCGUAAUAAGAUUCGCACAGGUACCAGUAGUGGCCUGAGACGAAGUGCCUCGCUGCCUGAUGGCAAAAUAGUGUCCCACAAAACAUUGCCUCCAAGGACUCUAUGUGAUAAAGCACUGUCUUCUACCAACAACCUUUUAAAACCUCUGAUGAAGUCUGCCACUUCUUCUCAGGUUGAACCUCAGGACAAAUGUUUUCUGUCUUCACAUUUCAAGAAUAGUAGCACAGAAAAGUCUUCCAAAAAGAACACUUCUGAAGUGGCUUCUACUAGUAAUCAAGUAAACAUUUUAACAAUGAAUCUGACGAAAUCAGACAUAUCGGAGGAGAUGUCUCAGAAUAUAGUCGCAUCCAACAAAGCACGCUUUAGACGCAGCAUUUCAGAGAUUGUUGCCACCAUUACAGCCAAAAAACAGAGAGAAUUCAAGAUGGAGACUUUUGAUGGUACUACAGAAGAUAUCCACAGUAAUAAGGGUGUAAGCAAGUCUAUAGCCCAGACUGUAGCAUUUUCUCCAAAAAAACAAUCCCAUAGAUUAAGCAUUGCAGGUAAGGCAGACUUAGAGGAAACAUCUGACUUUCAGUUUGUUUUUGAAAUUAAAAAUGCACACCGAGAGUGCGCUGAGGAAAGUAAGAAGAUUUGGGUCUGUGAUGUGUGUGACCUACGUUAUCACCAUGCCCUCAGCUUGAAGAGGCAUUAUCUGCGCAACCACAUCAACCACAAGUACCUCUCCAAAGCUGACAUCGAUUUGUGCAAAACCACAAAUUCUUCAGCAGAUGUUGAGGCUGAUGCUGAUCCAGAUGCAGAUGAUCCUGAAAAUGAUGAAAGUAGCACAACAGGCCAGGUGGUGGAAGAAGCUAUAGCUGAUGAUAAAAGUGAUUUACAGCAUAAUCAUACAAAGGCAGAAGUGGUAGAGGCACCUGAUUCUUUGUCAUCAGAUAAUACAAAAGAACUUGAAAUUGAGGAUAAAAGGAACAAAGAAAGUAAUGCUCAGAAGGAAACUGAGAUGUUGCAGUGCACAAGUGAGACAGAACCACACAGAAUUCCAUUUUCAUGUCAGGGUGUGUCUGGAGUUGAGGAUGCUUUUCGCUGUUUCUUGUGUGUUCAGUUGUUUCCUUCAGUCGAACGCUUGAAGCAGCAUAUACAAAAUGAUGCCCAUCGCUACAAGGGAGACAAGCAAUUCGGCUGUGAGCGCUGUAAUCAGAGGUUCCGAUUUCAGCACAACUAUCUCCAUCACCUUGAAUCACAUGGCCCAAGUGGUGAUGAACUUUCCUGUGCAUGCCACAUUUGUGGCAAGAAGUUUCUCAAUGAGGCCAAUAUGCGAAAGCACUUACGUUUUCACUCAGGAAGGAACUUUCCUUGCAAAUAUGGUUGUAUUGAUGUGGUGUACCCUAAUGUUGCUGAACUGGUCAAGCAUCUUCGUACAGUCCAUCCUGAUCGGCCUAAAAAAAAUACACUUAUAAACCAGAAUGAGAGCUCUAAUGAUGGCAGUUCCAUUUCAACACCUGUCCCAAAAGCAAAGAAAUGUAAAGUAUCGUCAAAGUCUACAAGUGACAAAAAUGUUAAUCGAAAGGAUGAAGAGUUUGUCUCUGAGGCUGAGAGCCUUCAAGCAUGGAUAGAGUCACGCCCACCAGGAUGGGUUGAGACACGAGGCCGAAAACCAAGACCUGGUGUUGUGGGGGUUCACUGUACAUUUGCAAAAAGAAGUUCUCUACCUAUGGCAGUAUGUGCCGCCACCGCAGAUGUCCAUCGCCUGUACAUGUCUUCAAUGAAAAAUAAACCUGUCCAGUCUCCUCCUGUUCCAGCCAAAGAAGAACCAGAAAGCAGCUUUCAUCUAAGAAAAUUUUCUCAUAUUGAAACAGCGGUUGAAGAAGAAUAUAGGGCUAUUGAAGAAAGAAUGGAGCAAAUCAGACAAGAAGAAGAAAAUCUUGAGAUGCAUUUCUCUCCCCCUCCCUCACCAACCACCUUCUAUGCCAAUGUUUCUGACAAUGUUGCUGCUAAUAUCUCUUUUAUUGAUGGUGGUGCUGCUUCUCUGCAGUCUGCUCGACAUCAUAUUAUUGUUGAUGAUUAUGUCCCACUGCAAGAACAACCAGAGUUUGGUCAAGUUGAGGACAUAGACUGGUCUCGAUACAACUUUCCACCAUUCUUCAUGUUGGUGGAUCCUGUCAUUCCUCAUCCACCUGCACCUCCAGUUAUUUCAGGAACAAAAAUAGCUUUUCCUUCAGAGGAAAGAACCUCAUUUUAUCCCACCCGUGCUGCUGUAGCUUCAGAGAACGAGGCUUCCAGGCGUGGAUCUGUUGAAAGUGAAACUACUGUUGCAUCAUCUGCAGCAGAUGGCCUACUAACCUCUCUGUCCACACCAGAAAACAGUGUUUUUGAAACAUUUGAUCACCUCAGGAUGGAAGAUGAGAAAGAAAUAACAGAAGUUUCUUCUGCAUCAGAAAGCAUUUCUAAAACUGUUGGUAGUGAUCAGGCAUGUUCAAGUAAAAGUUUGUUACAGAAUGGUCAUUUUGAGGAAGAAGUGGCAAGUUCAGACAUCAAAUCCAGGAAAAUGAUGAAAUUAAUGGUGUCUAGAGAUGAUGAUACAUGUUCAUGCAAGAACAAAAGGGAUGAAACUGUUGACUCAUGUAACUGUUCUUUAGAGAAUGUUGGGCAGUCAACAGUGCAGGAGCUUGUCAUAGAACAAAAUGAUAACUUCAGUAAAAAUGCAGGAGAGAAUAGAACUAUGAGUAUGACUGAUCAACAUGGACGAGAGAAAACUAUCAGUAACACUGACUUGGAGGGUAACAGUCUCAGCUUAGAAGAUCAGCAGCAUUCCUUUCUUUAUACAGCUACUUCUGAAGAGUCAGCAGUAAAACCAGAAUGUUUAGAACAUGAAAAUAUAUCCUUACUUUUGGAAGAUGAAGCAACAUUUUCAAGUGGUAUCAUGCCUAAAGAAAUAAUGGUUAAAGCCAUAGAAGAAAAGCAUGAGGAAUCUACAAGUGUUUGUGAAGUGAAAUUAGUCAUGGAGGAAAUACUUCGUACUGUAUCUGAUUGCUGUUUAUCAACACCUGUAUCCAGCUUUGAGUUGCCAAUGUCAGAGAAGUUCUCUAAGAGGACAGAGGACACACAAGCAAAGGCAGAUAGUGAUUUCUCAUCACAGUCUCGAUCAGAUAAAACUUUUGUAUCCUGUACAGACAGUGAAAAAAAUAACUCUAUGUUUAUUAAGAAUAGAUUGAAAGUGUCUGCUGUGGAGACAUCUCACUGCAGUGAUACAACAGUAGCACUAGCUUUGGUAUCUGAAGGUUCCAGUGAUACAUGUAUCAAGCACAAAAUCUCAGGAACAUCAUUUUCAGACAGCACAGACUUCCCACUCAGUCUUGCGCCUUCUGCUAGUGGAAGCUCACCCAAAGAAGUCUGUGACAGUCAACAAAAAUUAAAUGCAGCAAAUGACUCUAAACAUGGACUUCUAAAAGUGAUGUCACUAGUAAUGCACAACAAGUCCUUAGAAGACAAAACAGACAAAACAAUGCUUCAUUGCUUUGAAACCAGCAUGGCUUGUGUUACCAAGUACAAGGAUCUUAGUCCUGACAUCAGAAUUGGUGAUCAUGAUGCUGGUUGUGUUAGUCCUGAAGAAAGCAGCAAUAGCAUUGAUAACAUCCUAGUUGACAAAUGCAAACAAGCACAUUUAGGUCUGCCUGAUCUUUCAACUUACAAAGUGCCACUCAGUACUGUCCAGACAAAGGACUUUGAAGUUACACCUAAGAAUGUCCAAACAUCUUUCAGGGAAAAAUCUUGUGCCAUAGAAAAACAAAUUGGACUUGAAAAGGCACUUUCACUUAAUAAACCAUCAGAUUUCACAUUAUGUAACAGUCCUGACAACACGAACACUGCAAAGAUAUCUGAUAAUCAGAUGAAUUUUGAUAUUAAUGUAAAUACCUCAGUCAGUGAUGAACAUGGCUUUGCUUGUGAGAAAUCCAUGUCUGAAAAUGUAGAGAUGACAAUUAUUGAAAAGAAUUCAAAAGCAUUUGCUGACAAAAUUGUUUCAGAACAAACUUUAAAUUUUUCACCUCAAACAAUCCAUUCCACUAUGCCAGAUGAAAAAAGGAAGAGAUGGAUAGAUGUAAAAACCAAGAGGGACCACCAUGACUCAAAAGAGACUUCUUUACAACUUGAACAAAAGGAUUUAUACCCUGAUACUACAAUGUCACAGACAUUGAUAGAUGUUCAUGAAGCCAUCAAUACCAUUAAUACAAAAAAUAUAUCUGAAGAGUCUUGCAUACCUACAUCAAUAGAGCAACAGCAGAUCUCAGAUGAUGAAAACAAUUUGACUUUGAGUUCAGUAACAGUCAGCCAUGCAGAAAGUAAUUUUCCAUCAGAUAGAAUUCACGACUUGGACAACAAAGAAAGUAAUUCAACUAGUGACAAGGCAGAGCUGGUAACCAGUGUGACUGUAAGCUACUCAGAAAAUGAUUUGUUGAACAAAAGUGCCAUGAAAGAAAGCAAAGACUUACAUGCUGAUUUAUCAAAUAAUUCUGCAUCUCCUGAAACUGCCAUUGAGAAAAUGGCUCUGUGCAACACUGUUAUGUCCCAGGAAGUAACUACCAGAAAAUAUGAAACGGAAUGCACCCCAAUAUCUGAGCAAGAAAUGGAGUACAUGUGUAAAGGCUUGUUGUUCUAUGUUCGCAUGGGCUCAUCACAGUGUCCUCAUGUCACCAGCAAACUUAAGAGCCACCUAACAGCUGAGAACUUAGGCAUGCCUGUUAGUGAAGGUCAGUUCAUCAGAGCACUAGAUCUUGCUGUGGGAGGGCAGAAAACAGUAGGUGGUCCUUCUGGUUCAUGUCUUAGUGAACAGAAACAAUCAGAACAUGAUGCAGGAAAGUUUUUUCAGGCCUCAGAUGUUUGUGUAAAUUCUGUCAGCAAUGAAAGUAAUAUUGAAGGGUGCUUAUUAGCCAAGUCAUGCACACCUGAUUCACUUAUUGAGGGAAAGAAGUUAGAGGUGGACAUGUUGCUUGGAAAGCCAGAAGAGAAGGAUAACACAUCUAACCAAGAAAUGAUGUUGGACAAUGCUGCUGAGGAAGUGCCAAAUUUUGCCUGUCACAAAGGGCAGUCUACUUCUGAACAACCCAGUGACGAAUUCAGUGACUCCGAAUCUGAACUGCUGGAUCUCAUGUUAGAGCUGGAGCUGAAAAAGCGACAAGAGCAGGAGGCUAUUGAUCAAGGCGUGGAAGGAGCCUGCUCAGAAUGCCUUCGAAUGCUUCAUUUUGGCAGUAGUUUUGAGUCACCAGCCAAAAUGUCCACAGAAGACUAUGAAAGUAUUCGGUUUGGAAAAAAUGGAAAAAACGGCCUGGUCUACUGUGUGUGCUCUAUGUGUCGGCGUUACUAUGGUAGCCUUGACUACCUGAUCCGACACCAGUGGAAGAAGCAUCCAUCAAUCUUAUGCAGUCACAUGGAGGUUGAGCUGGGACACAAUUUGGAGAUGCUGUUUUAUCCUGAGCCCUCUGUUUAUGGUGUGUUGGCACAGACGAUUCUGCUGCCCAGUGAACAUUUGACCCUAGACAACUAUAUCUGCACACGCUGUAAUGCUAGUUUCAAACAGUAUGGUCGCCUGCGAGCUCAUAUAGUGCAUUGUGACCCAAACACACCAGCAACUUCCCAUGCUAGAAAGAAAAAACGUAAUCGCAAUCGCCAUCGUUUCAUGGAACAGAUGUACUCUGUGCAAAGUUCCACUAGCUUGACUUUCAAAGAAAUAAAGGAGAGCUCAUUGCCACAGAAGAUGCAGAAAAUGGGAAUAAGUCAAAAACAAUCCAAGUCUGUCAUGAAUGAUAGUAAACAGCAUAAGCCUUUUGACAGAAAGAAGUUCCUUGGACAAGAAAGGGGAUACGUGACACAAAUACCACCACAGACUCGUAGCCUUCCAUCUACUCCUACCCAUCUUAGAACAAGUGGCAAAGAUUUUAGAUCAGCAGCCAAUUUUGGAACAGCAGGAAUAACUCUGUCAACUCGAUCCUUUUCUGCUGGCUCUUCUCCUGUAUCAUUUGCCUCUAGCCGAAAUCGAAAGCGUCGAAAUUAUGAACUCCUGUACAACCCUGCUGCUCAUGUGCGUCGACGAGAUGCAGCUGAAUGCAUAGAAAAACACCAGUGCAGAGGAUGUGGCAUGCGGUGCAAAACACUGUCACUGCUGGAACGCCAUGCACGCAAGUGUUCAGGCAAAGACAAACUGCAGAGUCAGCGUCCAGUUUUGCACAGGUUUUCAGACAUUCCAGAUGAGACUCAGAAACAUUCGUGCCACUAUUGUCCCAAACGUUUUACUUACCUAAAGGGAGUAGCAAACCAUUAUCGCAGUGCUUGUCGUGUCAGGGCUGAGAAGGAGGCCAAAGGUGGUCUGUCUGCAGAGGAUAAGGCACACGAAGCAGAACUUCAUGCCAAUAUCCAACAACUAGCUUGGAAUAAAGCAGAAAACAGAGAUCAUAGUGAUGUUAUCCAAGGUCGUGCCCACCUCCUUGAGGAUGGAACAAUUGCACUAGCUAAACACAGGGGGGGAUGGCCAAAGGGGAGAAAGCGUGGAAACAAGCGUCGCCGUCAUGGAUGGACUUCAAUCAAGAGACGCAAGACUAAUGAUGAUGGUAAUAGUACAAGCCCUACUGAAAAUGAACUUUUAGAGAACAGCUCAUUUUCUAUGAAUAAAUCAUCAGAUGGUAGGGCCAACGUGAACAGAAAAUUCUCUAAACAGAUGUCAGAGCUUGAGGCAAAACUUCGUGAGCCAGAAAAAGGACUUCGAAGGGAGAAAGACAGCAUUUCUGGCAAAAGAAUAAAGUUGAAUCAUUCUGCAGACUCUCAUACUAAGUCUCAAGCCAUACGUCCUGUAGAUCUAGGUAUUAAACCACCAAGUCAAACAUCAGGUGUAUGCCAAGUGCAAAAGAAGACUCUCUCUGAGUCAGAGGCAGGCAUAUCCUUGAGUAAACGACUACAUCCUGCAGUCCAGCAGAAGAUGUUGGAGGAUGAUGGAGAAGCUCCAGUUAUUGAGCCCAUUGUUAGCUUGAAAAAUGAGCACCAGCCUGAGCAUGUUUCACCAGAUUUGGAACCUCCCACUCUUUCCCCUAUGAGCCCUCUUCCACAGGUGGUUGACAGCAAGAAAGAUGUAACUCAGCUAAACCCUGGCCAGUCUACUGCAGAUAUAAGAAGAAGAAGAAGAAAAGGCAUACCCAAUCAUAUUCUGAAGCCAAACAAUCUUGGAACCACAAACCAAAGGUUAUUGGGCUCAGUGGUAGUGACACCUACCCACAAUAAUGGAGAGACAGAUGUGCCAAUGCUAAAAAAAAGUGAUGUUCAUGGUGCAGCAAAGCGAAAAUGGGAAAGCAGUGGAAGUACCUGCUCAAGACCAAAAGCAUCACGCAGCAAAACAACACAGCCUGCUGAAUUCAAAAUGAUGCAAAUGAAGAUGCCGUAUGUUGUCAGGAAAUUCCAUAAAAGUCCAGACUUGUCAGAACCAAGGCUUGGCAUAAAGCACUCUAAACUGUCAAAUGAAGAUGUUUCUACCAAUACUAGCAUGCCUUGCAAUAUUUCAACACAGCAUAAGAAAAAUAUGAAAGAUGCAAAAUCUUUUAACAGAUCUGCAUCAAACAUUGUUUCUGGAACUCUGUUGACAGUACCUAGAUCAACAACACAGUCUUCUGCUGUAGUGCAGACAAAGCUAGUGCCAUUGCCUCCAAACUUUUUGUUUCCAGCUCCUUCCAGUGUUGAAAUUUCAAUUUCUGAUCCCAUGGUGGCCAAGACAGUGAAACAUGAGGAAAUAACAGGAGGUAGUGGAGAUGUUAAGAUCAAAAAAAAGAAAUCCAAGAAGCAACCCACCAAUACUGGUAUAACCACUAAUGUCUUCACUGGCACAACUACUACAGUUACCAAUGCUAUCAAAGUUGGCAAGUCCUCUAUGGUUACCAGUACAGCUUCUGCAUCACCCCAGAAAGUUCAGGUUUUUAAGUUAGCACAGCCUGCAGGUGCUAUCUCUCCAGGCAAAAGUGUGACACCCACAAUGCUUACCCCGCUGGUAUCAGCUAGUGGUGUCGCUGUUCUGCCUCCAGGUGCAAUGCUUGCUGUGUUGCCCUCUAGCCCCAUUUUGCUGCAGACCUCACCAGGCACCAAUAUCACCACCACUACCACCACCACAACAUCAUCAUUGCCUGUUAGCCUAUCUGCUACAAAUGCUUUACAAGCUGCUAUGGCCACUGGAAAAGUCUUAAUAGCUUUGGACCCACGAAAUUUCCCAGUGUGCUUGCAGACAGGGGGGCAUACCAUCACUACAGCAACACCAGUGUUGAUGCAGCCUGCUGUCAUAUCAUCCACCCUCUCAACCACUAGUUCAAAGGCCAAAAAAGAGUCUUUGAUCACAACUACUGCUGGACCUAAGUCUAUUUCUAGCACACCAGAUGGUAAGCAAGGUGCAGAAACUGUGGUAAACUCAUCCUCAAAAUUAAAGAAUCAGAAGCCAACGGUACCAAAUUUUCUUUUUGUGAACAAUGAAGAAUCAACAGAAAACACACCUGCACAGAAUUCACAGGAGAAUGCAAUAGGAGAGCCAAAAGAUUCAUUGCUGUUUAAUUGUUUAAGUACUAAAGCCAUUACUUGUGAUGGAAAACCACAAAAAGCACCCAAGGGGGAGAAGAGAAGGUCUGGCAAAGCAAGUCAGCAGAUGGUUUCUCCAGCUGCAGGUAAUAAAAUCAAGAGCAUGAGCUUGAUGAUGGCACCAGGCAUCACCACUUACCUGUCACUAGGCUUAUCAUCACCUAAAGCAGGGCAGCAGAGCACUCAGACCAAAAUGCAUGUUGUUUCUACUGAAGGGACAGCUGGAGAUAAAGACAGUAGUGUCACACCAGUGGAAAAAGAGGAUUCAGAUGCUUCAGUUAAACAAGUAAAUGGAGCGGAUGUGAUAGAACGGGUACAAAGUAAGGAAGAAAAGGUGGAUCCAUCAGAAGCCCAUCAUAAAGUGCCUGAAGUAGAAAAGAGUAUAUCAUCUCUCUCAAGUGACAAUCAGAGUGAUGAUGAUAUACCUUUGAGCCAGGUAGCCAAGAAAAAGACAAGUAAUGGCCCAUUGUAAAUUUUCAGUGGUUUUGGGGGUUCCCCCCCCUCAAAGUAGUAAGUAUGCAGGUUUCACUAUUACUGGCAGUGUUUGAGUUUUGAAUCUUUGGUACUAUGCUGUAAUACAGUGUAAUAUCUAAGUAUUAAUGUUGUGUGGUGUCUGUUGAAGCAUUGUGCACAUUUGAGAAAUGGUGCAGAAAAAUGCACUCACAAGUAAAGACACUUGGCUACCAAUUGCUGUGACAGUCUGUAAUUUAAACUUGUUAGGGCCAUAGCUAUGAACAUUUCUCAGGACUAAAGUUAUUUAAUGGUGAGUGAAUGAAACUAAAGCCUUUCAUAAUACUUCAAUGUAUUCUAGAUGGCAUGUGACUUUAUUGUACAAUUGUCAUUUUUCAAACAGGAGAUUAAUGAUUUUUUUUAUUAACUAUUAAUUUAUUAUUGCACAGUUGUACAGGAUAGUAGUGACAUGGUUGCUUUAAAUUAUAGGUGCUGGUGCACUGUUCUGUGUGUAGUUUUAAAUGUGUUAUGUGUAUUUUAUGCUGAAGUAACAUUCAGAUAUUCAGUAGCAUUUCUACCCUUGUAAUAUCCUAUUAUUUUUACAUUUUCAUGGUAAAUGAAAAUGCAUGUUUCUUUUGUGUGCGUGCAUGUGUUUGUGCAGUCUUGGCUUAGCCAUUUAGAAUGAGGAUAAAUUAAGUCUUAAAUUUAUUGUGCUGUAUUUAAUUUUGUUAAGUAUGGGCACUAUACCACGAUGGAUUUGGCAACAACUGUAGUACAAUUUAUAGAUGUCUGUCAUUAUAUUGGAACAUUCAGACCAAUUCGUGACAUUGUCACUUAGUCAGAUAUUAAUCAUUGAUUAGAUGUCUAACCUAGGACCUAAAAAAUCAUGAGAAGAGAAAAAGGUAGGGUAGGCAUCUUUAUGACUGAAUAAACUACUUGCAGGGUGUAAUUUUUUGUUUAAAAUUGUUUUUGUUAAUGUGCAAUUUACUUUAAAACAUUCGGUCUCAAAUGUCAGUUCUUCAUUUACUCGUAUUUGAAAAUUAUAAUACAUAGUGGAUUUACAGGACACUGCUCAAUACAAAAUGCAUGGGUGCAGAAAAAAUGCAUUUUUCUGUCAUUUUCUGUUAUUGUGAAGAUAGAUUUAUAAUACCUGCAGAUUGUCCACGUUCUUAUUUUCAUUGUCAUUUUUGUAAAUAAGUUGAACAAUUCAUUUAGAGACUUACACUGCAGUGUAAAUGAUUGUUUGUGAGAUUUACCUUUUUCAAAGAUGAGUAAAUUUGUAAUUGCAAUCUACCAUAGAUAACAGUAUGCUUUGAUCAUUGUUAAUAUUCAUGUGAUCAGAAAUGUUUUGUGGAAUUAUUAAAAAUUGUUACAAUACUUACAUUCUCCAUCUUGUCGUAAGUUCUUAUUAUUUUACUUAUGUAUCCCAUCCAGAACAGUCAUAUAUUUUAAAGUAAUACAGAAAAUUAUCAGUUUGGCAAGAAAAAGUGGAAAGCUCAAUGUCAGAAUGGUCAGGUAUGAUCAGUUGAACAUUGUGGUCAGCCAUGAAAUGCAUGUUUAAAGGAGCACAAUUUUUUUUUCUAAUGACAGGAUAAAGCUCAAUGCAAGAUUCUGUUUCCCCUUGCCCUAAUUCUGUUCUCAAAAUACAUGCCAAAAACAUCCCCAUGCACAGAAAUAGUAAACAGUACAUACUUCAGGGACUGUAGUUACAAAGUGGUUGCCCUGUGGCAACAUGGGGCACUGGAAGAUAAGAAUCUUUUUUCCAAAGUUAUAAAGCAGUGUCCAGACACCACAGAGGUAGCUUUACUCUUGGGGCCAUAAAGAUGCCCUAUGGUAAAGAAAUACACUGCCAUGCAACUUCAAGACUUGACCUUGGAUUACCCACUCCCAUGAUGCAAUAUUUUACCUAACCUAUGGCUGUGGCAAGGAUACAUUAUGGAAGGCAGGAAACAUGAUAAUUAGUCAAAUCAUGACAUUACAAUUUUCACUUCUUUCUGUGCAUGGUGGUGAAUGUAGGUGUAUAUCAAGAAAAGGAGUAUGCGCCCAACUUUGAGGAAAUAGUAUUUUGCACUGAUUUUUACCCUAGCGUGAGGAAAAAAUAAUCAUCCCACUAGUCCUUUCAGUGUUCAAUGGCAGUGAAAAUCCAAAUUUGAUAAAAUUUUUGCUUUUUGUUAUCUGAAACUAAAAAAAAAUUGGAGUGAAUUUUAUUGCUGUCAGUCUUCAUGUUGUUCCUCAUAUGUGAAAGAUUUAAUUACUGGUUGUCUCACUUUUUCUUGAGUGUAAAGCCAAGGACAUAGUACAGUGCAUUUAGAUUGAGUGGAUUUUAAUAUAGUUGUAAUAUUGUUGAAUUGGUUUAGCCUUCUGUCUGUAUAAAUGCUCUAAUAUCACAGUGCUGUUUGGUACCACUUUGAGCAAAUAAAAAUGUGUGUUCAUCUAACACUGCAUGAAUUGCACAGGGAGAAAUGUAGCAGUCUUGUUGCACAUACAUAUCAGUGAGUGCAUGUAAGCUACUUCCAUCUUAAUAUGUUUAUUCAAUGAAAUUUUUGUAGUUGUUUUUUGAGUAUAUUGUGGUUCAGUGUUUGCAUGCAUUUGAUUAGGAUAAGGGGUUUUGUAAUUCAUUUUGUGUCUGAUAUGGCUAAGUCCAGACUAUUAUUACCAUUAACUUUUGAGCAAAGAUGCAGUUUGUAUUCAAUGUUGGGUUGUUACUAGUAACAGAAGUGCUUGUGAAGCAUAAAAUUCUCUCCAUCCAAUGUGCACUUUGCAUAAUUAUGAAGUGUUUUCCCCCAUCCCCAAUUUUGUUUAACUUUUACAAUAAAGCAACUGUGAAAUUU